GGUGUCGUUAGUCAGUCGCUGGGAAAGGAGUGCUCCGACAGCAUAAGGGAAGCCUCGCAGCAGUUGGAGGAGGAUCUGAAGACAACUGCGGGCCGGGAAGAGCUCAAGAAACUGUUCAAACUGUGCGACUCCUUAGAGGGCGCCGACACCGAUGACAUACACAACUUUGUCGAGAGUCUGACGGAUGCGGUCGCGGGUAUUGUUCAGUAUAACAGCAAUAUUAAGGCCUUUUGUAAGCUGGUGACGGACCCGAGUGGUGGGGCCCGUGCUCUGGACAGGUAUGCGAAGGCACAGGCAGCUCAUCACGGCGGACAGUGUAUUGACUUUAACUACAAGAAAAUGAUUAGUGCUGUAAAACAAACGUCUAAAAAGUCGCCGGCCGUCUCAUCGGGGAUGAGGCAAUGGACGUAUCAGACGUGCACUGAGUUUGGGUACUACCAGACCACUAGUCUGAAGGACAGUCCGUUUGGGCACAACCUUCCGGUCGAGUUCUUCACGAAACAGUGCACCGAUAUAUUCGGUCCACAAAUCACGGCCCAAACCAUCGAGAAGGCCGUCGAGGCCACCAAUUUCUACUACGGGGGCCGUCAGCCCAAUGUGACAAACGUGGUGUUCCCUAACGGCUCACUGGAUCCGUGGCACGCAUUGAGUGUACUCCAGGACCUCAACAACAGCACCAAAGCCGUGCUGAUCGAGGGGUACGCC